CUUCGUCCAUCCGGGUUCAUUUCUCUCGUGCUGUCUUGCAAGCAUGGAGCUCCACGGCGAACGUGUGUCCGGACCCACAGCUUCGUCGUCUUCUGGAGACUGCUCGCAGGUCACGGUGUCCAGGGAGCUGCUGACCGCGGGGAGCGAGGGUUCCGGAGGUAUCUGGGACCAAUUGCUCAUCAGCUCUAAGCCUCAUUCCAAGAAGACUUCUGCUCUUCAAACAGUUAGGAUUCAGAGGAGCCCUUUGUUAGACCAGGUUCAGGCCUUCCUCCCACAGAUGGCUCAGGCAAAUGAAAAGCUACGAAAGGAAAUGAUGGAUGCUCCAGCUGAUUGCUUCAAUAUCGAGAAUAUUGAUGGAACAUCCGGAAACAUCAUACAGAUGGAUGUGGCCUUAUUUGAGAUGAACCAGUCAGAUUCAAAAGAAGAGGACAGCUCAGAAGAGAGCUCACAGGACGGCUCUGAGGACAGCUCAGAGUCUGAAGAUGAAGACUACAUCCCCUCCGAAGUCACCAUAGACACCAUAAAGCUUCCGAAUGCAGAAGGUGGCAGAGGCAAGAUUGAAGUUUUAGACAGUCCGGCAAGUAAAAAAAAGAAGCAGUGAGAUAGGCCAGUGAAAAGAGAGGCAGGUCCUCCCUACCUGCGACUGGGGGAAGGUGGUUUCUGGGGUGAUGGGUCCAGGGUCCCUCUGAUGCUCUUUCAGUGUCAAAAAGAAAAAUUUGCAAGUCUGGGUGUGUUCAAAAUAGGAAGUGUUUCGAUCUUGAUGACAGAGAGGGCAGCGCCCUUGGGUACCGAGAAGGGAAAUAGGGAAGAAAUAACUUUUGAUGGGUUGGUUACAUGAGGCAUUUGCCUAAGUUGACAUGAUCUGAACAGUGUGGCCUGUGACUCAGUGAAGCCCAUCUACACUAAAAUCCGGCUACUAGUUAGAACAUUCCCGAUUCCAAAUUGAGGGUUUGGGUUUUGGUUUGUUUCUGUACCAAGGCAGGUUGCGGUUUGUUAUAUAAAAACUGGGUACUAGAGACCAGCCCAGGGUAAUGGCCCCUGCCAUUUAAGGUAUGAUGGUGGCUAGAUUUUAUUAAAGGAAACCAAAAUUGCCUUUUAAAGAUUUGUAAAUGGACAGCAUUCAGAUCCUGUAAAGGCAUACUGAGCUCUUGCUGUAAAGAGGUUUAGUGUUUACAAAUCUCUGUGUGCUUUAUCACUGUGUGCUGCUAUAUGUAUAUGAAUUCAUGUAAGCAUUGUCUUCAAAUUGUGAUGGUACCGACAGCUGAAAGAAUGACUCCAGUUCUCCAGUUAGUUAGCUUACAGAGUGGUGGGUGACGUGGGUAGCUGUUCUGACUCACCAGUCUUGAUUGGGUUUUGUCAGAGCUAGCAAGUGCCAGAGGUGGGAGAAUGAACCAUCCCUUCAGGAGGCUACUUGAGUAUCGGAGCAUGCCCAUUACCUGGAGGACAUGGUAACAGCUCUCUCACUUCGUGGUGGUUUGACAUUCGAUGUGUUGAUGCUUACAUCCUUGCCUCUGAGCCAGGGUCUCUAAACACAGGUUAUGCGGCCUGGACCCAGUUUCCCACCUUCCAGCUCUGUCUGCACCUUCUUCCAUAGUCCUGAGCCUUAGAGAUAUUAUGCUUAUCUUCCCCCCUGAGAACUGAGCCAUUGGGCUUCUGUGCCAAAACAAGAGGAAAGACUGGAGCCAUGGAUGCAUACUCCUUAAGUGAUACAGGCAGUCAGAAGGGCACAUACCCCCAUGGUAGUGACCUAAGCCAGUGGUCAAAAACAUUUUGCACGUUUGUGCAAGUAUCACAUCUUAACUGGGUUUUCUGGUAUCCAGUGUCCACACACAGAUCCCUAGCACAGCUGUGUAUAAUACCCAGAGCCAGUCCGUAGCCUGUUUUUGCAAUAUCCAGGUUUCUUGGUUUAAGAAGCAUCUGUGUAGGUGUGGUUCGGAACUUGAAAAUAAACUUAACCAGGGCUUUGCUUAGAUUGCUGAUAAUAGGGCUCCUGCCUAAUGACUAAAUACAGAAAGUGGGUAUUCCUGUGACAAAGACAGUGGCUUCACAUCUUGGUGAGUGCCAAGCUGUAAGACCACAGCUGAGGCAUAAAAGAGUAAAGCAUUUUUAUUACCAUGUACAGGAGAACAAAGGUUAUAUAUCGUUCUCACACUGGACAUGCUCCCCAACAAAGAAACAGUGGGCACUUCAUUUGGGAAGCCUAUAUGUAAUCAUAAAGGGAAGGCAUGUUGGAGACUGAUGCAUUCCCUCCUGAGCAUACUCAGGUCAUAGCUCAAAGAGGAAAGGUGGCAAAUGGGAACAUCUGAGGGACAGCCUACAUCGUGAAUGAAGAUGAGAUGGUCGGGGAAGGUUCUCGGGUGUUCUUGGGUUUGCAUAACGAACACUCGAUGGGUGGUUAGUGGCUGCUUUGGGAUAACAGCUAGGUUAUAGAUAGGAGUUGGCUGACAGCUCAGAGGGGGACUUGGAGGAGCGGCUCUAGAUGUAUCCCCUUGUACAGGAGCAGAUAGCCCUGUAAGUGUGGUUUGCUUUACCUGCAGUGCCCUUGCACAGCUCUAUCCAUGUACCUACUAAUAGUAGUGUCUCUCUCAUUCGGUCUUUCUAGGCACAAUGGGUCCUAAUCAUAAAUGCCCAUGUCGGGGUUAGGUCCAAUUUCAUAAUGCCCAGAAGGUAGCACGUUAGGCCAGGUUAUGGGUUCCCAUUCAACCAGAAGCUCACGUUUAGAGCAAGAUUGUCAUGUUCGGCUUUUAUUCAUAUGGGAGAGCCUCUGUUGAUAUUGGGGAGAUCUGUGAAAUUUUUUCACUUGGACUGAUGGAGGGGAGCAAAAUGUUUCACGGCAUAACUACCUGACUAGAGAGAGAGUUCACCAUGUGUGCAAUAGUCAGAUUAUCACCAUCAUGGGCUACAGUGGUUGCCGCCCAGUGCAAGAAGAGGCAGUCGCAGUAUGACUCCAAUACACAUAAAUAUUUCAGAGGAUAAUUGUCUUAGUUUACUUUCCUAUUUUUAUGAAGAGACACCAUGACCACAACAACUUGUAAAAUAGAGAAUUUAGUUGUGAGCUUCCUUAUAGUGUCAGAGGGUGAGUCUGAUCAUCUGUAGCAGCAGCUUAUGUCUGCUCUACAUACGGGAGGCAGAGAGUGAGACUGGGCUUGGCUGGGCUUUUGAAACCUCAAAGCCCCCCCUAGUGACACCCCUUUUCCCAACAAGACCACACCUCCUAAUCCUUCCUAAACAGUUCUACCAACUAGGACCCAACAUUCAUAUAAGGACCCUUCUCAUUUAAAACACCACAGUAGUUGAUGGGGUACAUACGUGUUUAGCAAAGUGGUGGUAGGCUUGCCAUUGUUUGUGUGAUUUAUUUGAUCCCCGGGGUUUCUGACCUGACGGAGAGUUCUAACAUGGAGUGGGCUGGACAGACAACCGGGAGAAUGUUGACUCUACCCAUGCUGAUUGCACCAACACUGAAUUUGCUGUUACCUGUGUAACAAGCAGAUAAUGGAGCAAAUUGCGGUCCCUAGCAAAGCCAGGCUGUAGGAAUAGGCUCUCCCUUGUGGCCUGCAUAGUGCCUCUGACACUGGCGGCUAAUGACUGGAUGGGGCAAUGUAUCUUGGUUUAAGCCCAGGUUGGUGUUCCAGUCUCCCAAAGUCUGAGCAUGUGGUGUCUUCAGCAGUGGGGGAUAGUGACAAUAGCCGGUAUAAUGUGGGAACCUCUGGGGCCUGUCUUUCUGGCCAACAACUCCUGGGAAGGUAGACCACCCUCACAUUGGCGUUUUUAUUUAACAACUUUAUGGUUGCUGGAAGCACCAUUAAUGCACAUGUGUCUUUAUUGAAACAUCAACUGCCAUUUAAGUAUUUGUGCCAUUUCUGUAGUGUGAUUUUGUGGCACCUUAUUAGAGACUUGGAACAAAGCUUUCCAACAACCCUUUUCAGACAUGCCGGUUUUACCGGCAGUGAAGCAGACAGACUGCCGCAUUCCACCUGCUUCAGGGUUUCCCUCUUUGUCAAGCAGUUGCUCCAGUGUUGUGGAUAUUGGCUUAUACCCCUCUCUAUGACAGGGAUAUGAAACCCAUUGAAACUGUCUGUUCAGGUGGGGUGGGCCUCAGGACAGUAGGCACACAGUUGCUUAAGCUGUCCCACAAAAAUCUUAAGUUUACUCAAAACUUCUGAGGGAAGAGGGUCACGUUGGGGGAGAUGGAAAGGGUGUUGGAGUACAGUUGAUCAAGACGAAUUGUUUACAUGUAUGAAAUUGUCAAAAAAAUGAAUAAACUCGAUGUUUUACAAAACCA